ACAUGCGGGCCCCAAUCCAUCUUCAACCUUCAGUAGUGCUUUUUCUGUAGGGGCACCUUCAACCAGCGACUUUCAGAAAUACAAUAAAUUAUAUUUUCUCCACAGACACCAUGUCCUUUCUGACUACAGGUAUCAGCAGGCUAGCGCCAAGACUCCUUAAUUCAAAGAAUGCCACCUGCAUCCUUGUGGCGUCCAGACAUGCCAGCUCCUCAACAAAUCUAAAGGAUGUUCUAACAGAGCUUAUUCCAAAAGAACAAAGUAGGAUCAAGAGCUUCAAACAGCAGUAUGGAAAAACCAACAUUGGAUCGAUCACUGUUGAUAUGGUCUAUGGAGGGAUGAGGGGCAUGAAGGGUCUGGUGUACGAGACCUCAGUGCUGGAUCCUGAUGAGGGAAUCCGUUUCCGGGGCUACAGCAUUCCGGAGUGUCAGCAGCUGUUGCCCAAGGCUCCAGGAGGUCAGGAGCCACUGCCUGACGGCCUCUUUUGGCUGCUGGUCACAGGACAGGUCCCCACAGAGGAACAGGUGAGCUGGUUGUCCAAAGAAUGGGCUAAGCGUGCAGCACUCCCCUCCCACGUGGUCACCAUGCUAGAUAACUUCCCCACCAACCUGCACCCCAUGUCCCAGUUCAGCGCUGCCAUCACAGCUCUGAACAGCGAGAGCAGCUUUGCCCGGGCCUACUCUGAGGGCGUCAACAAGGCCAAGUACUGGGAGUUCAUCUAUGAGGACUCCAUGGACUUGAUUGCCAAGUUGCCGUGUGUUGCUGCUAAGAUCUACCGUAACCUGUACCGUGAGGGCAGCAGCAUUGGCGCCAUCGACUCCAACCUGGACUGGUCCGCUAACUUCGCCAACAUGCUGGGCUACAGCGACUCUGCUGAGUUCACUGAACUAAUGAGGCUCUACCUUACCAUCCACAGUGACCACGAGGGAGGUAACGUCAGUGCCCACACCAGUCACCUGGUGGGCAGUGCUCUCUCUGACCCUUACCUCUCCUUCAGUGCUGCUCUGAACGGGCUGGCUGGACCUCUGCAUGGACUGGCCAACCAGGAGGUGCUGGUGUGGCUGACGGCCCUGCAGAAGGAGAUGGGAGGGGAGGUGUCUGAUGAGAAGAUGAGGGAUUACAUCUGGAACACACUCAAGUCUGGCAGGGUGGUGCCAGGCUAUGGGCAUGCUGUCCUGAGGAAGACUGACCCCAGGUACCAAUGCCAGCAGGAGUUUGCCUUCAAGCACCUGCCCAAUGACCCCAUGUUCAAACUGGUGCACCAGCUCUACAAGAUUGUGCCCCCAGUACUGCUGGAGCAGGGCAAGGCCAAGAACCCCUGGCCCAAUGUCGACGCCCACAGUGGAGUGUUGCUGCAGUACUAUGGGAUGACAGAGAUGAACUACUACACUGUGCUGUUUGGUGUGUCCCGAGCCCUGGGUGUGCUGGCCCAACUUAUCUGGAGCCGAGCCCUGGGCUUCCCUCUGGAGCGCCCCAAGUCCAUGAGCACAGACGGACUCAUGACCCUGGUGGGGGCCAAUAAGUCCGGCUGAAGAAGAUGAGGGGGAGGAAAUACCGUAUGCAAGUGACGCGUUCCUACAUCAUACUUCCGUGUUCAUGUCCCUGGUCUUUUGAAUGGGCUUCAAGAUUAUAUCAUCAAAUUCAUUAAAACCACCAUUGCGCUACAUUUUUGCUCAGUUGAAGACCAUUCAAAAAGCCUAGAAAAGUUUUAAAAAACUACAAGGCUACUUGUCGCGUCACUUGCAUGGCGUAUUUCAAAUUAAAGCUGACCUCACCCCAUCCCCAUGGAAGAGAUUCAAAGAGACAGUACAUUUUUUUUUUUUUAUUAAUCCAAAAAGGGCUUUUUAAUAUUUACAUGAUUUAGCGCAGGCACGUGCACAGAUAGAAGUCAACCUAUGCCCAGCUCCUGUCCCUUGGCCCUCCCACUCGCCAAGUGCCCUUUUGGGUUGUGGUAUAGUUAUAAUUUUUUGUAUGAAGUUUUAUUGUUCUGAACCCAUUGCCCGCAAGUCGGUGUGAUGUUGUCAAGUUCACCCACCCCGUCCGUUGGUUGCCCCUGAUGGUCUGCCCUGUAUAGAGCUUGCGCGCGCCAGGUUGCACCUUUAUCCCAGACUGCCCUGUACUGAGAUUGCGUAUGCUGGUCUCCAAACAUGCAUGGCUUGAAAUGUGGCCACCGGUCGAGUGUGUGUAAAUGUCAACAGUACUACCGCAGCAGCAUAGCAUUUUGAUUAACAUCAUCAGUAUUUGGUCUGGUUGGCUGAUACGUGCAGCAGAGAGAGGCAAAAAGACGGAGCGGAACGGUUGCAUCAACGACCCUUGCUCCGACCCAACUCCAUCCCUUCCUCAGUCGGCAGCAACACAGGCAGUCUAGACGCUAGCUAAUCACCAUAUACAAAAAUAUCCACAAAAGCCACUAGCCAGCCAUAUAUCUUGAGUUAGAAGAUAAUUAAUAUUACGUUAUAAUUUAAGAGCAUUGAAGAUAAAUCGCAAUCAUUAAACAAUGGAGCUAACUAACAGGUCAAUCAAUGAUCUGCUGACAGCUCACCCUCUUUUCCCCAUGUCAAUCAUGUCUUUAGGAGGCACUCUAACUAGCUUCCUUACAAUAUGUGAUGAGCGAGUGUGUUGUUGCAAAAAUGUAUGUCUGUUCAGAUUUUGUCAAAUGUUCACUACAGAGGCAGUUGGUAUGUUCAGAAUUUUAAAAUGUGAAUUAUGAGUUGUUUUUUGGGGGAGGGGGGGGCACUUGCCCCCUGGAAGGUCUGUGCAUGGCCCUGAUUUAGUGUGAGACUGUGUUAGGUAGGUACUCAUGUAUACACUUCACCUGCCUAGAAAUUACAACUUCAAUUUAUUUCCAGUGUUCUCUAACACCAUGCCUCUGGUAAUGUGGCCUGGACUGCCCCACCUCGGUAUUAGUUUCCACCUACCUCUGUUCCUCAGACUCAAGCCACUUACAGUACAGUAGGCCAAUGCAGUCUGCUGGCAUCUCAUCAGCCUCCCCAUGUGCCUGUGAGGACUGGGCUGCACCAACUGAUGUAAGAUGUCAAGGGGCUUAAAAAGUAGUAUGCAAUCCAAACUGAUGGCUCUGUUUUACCAUUGUUUCACUCUGAGCAGUUUGAUUUCCAGGCUACAUAAAAAAUGUAAUUUUAUGUGGGUAAUUAGAGUAAUCACAAAUGGUCAUCAAUUGAGAUUUAACUUGAGUAUGUCUUACAUCUAUAUUUAACUUGAGUGGUAGUUUGACAUCAAACAUUUUUACUAACUUAGUAACGUUGCAAGUAACUUCUAAUUUGAGUCACAUUUUCCUGCUGAUGUUUGCUGAAGCUUCAAUAUUGUCUGGAAAGUCUUGCUUAAUCUAAACCAACAGGGAAAUAUAUUUUUGUUGUUGCCUGAAACCCUCACCACGUUUCUCUAUGCAAUUUCUCCCUGACUAUACUCUAGCAGUAGCUACACUCCAGUAAAGGAAAAAGGUUCUUCCUUGUAAAAGUAUCUAACUUCUAUUGAAGAUGUUCAAUAUAUCAAAGGAAGAAUGCAAAUUAGUAAAAAAAUAUAUAUAUAUACUGCCCCUUUAAAUCUUUUUGUCUCACCAGAUUCCCUGACUUCAAUGGAUUUAACCUUGAACACACCUCUGAUCAAAAUAACUUUUUCUUUUUUUCAUUGUCAUUCAACUUGUUUUACAUUCUUUCCUUUCAUUUUCUGUCUGGGCAUCUUUUGAAAUGUAGGAUUGAUAUGUGUAGGUAGGAGCAUAUGAUCGAAGACCUUUGGUUGUAGCCUGGAGUACCCAAAGGCCUGAUUGCAAAGGCGUAGACUUAUAUAUUUGAAGGAUUGAGAGAAGGACAUGGCGUUCUGCUUUUAGUAUGUGCUUGAACAUAAGUAUGCAGCCAAGAAGGGAUUUUUAUCUGUUGUGGUCCUGUCUAAUUUUGGUGUAUGUUGUUAAUUAUGCCCCAGAGUGCUUCAGUGAUUUGAGCUGCUACUCCAAAAUGAGCGCUUGCCAGUUUGGAAUCUCUUAUUCUUAGAAAUAGGAAAAGCCCUAUUUGAUUUUGUCCUUUUUAUUAGAGGUUUUGGGUGUUUACUGAAUAACCAUGUAAUGUAUAGAGAGGAUAAUCCUAUAGUGGGUACAUCAUUUGUAGUUUUAUUUAUACUUUGUGUAUAUAGUUAUAAAUAUAUGUAUAGCUUGAAUGUAUGAGCUCUACGCAACCAUAUUGCUCAGUCAUACAGCUGUGUGACUUCCAACCAACCUCACUCAUCACCAUAUUUCAGUUUGACAUGUUUUGAAAGUUACUCUUACAAUGAAGUAGAUGUACGUACUCUGGCUGUCUUGUAAAUAAAUCUAUUGCCCAUUUUUAUGGGCUUCUUCUGCUGCCAAGUGGAUGUUUGCUUUGACUGAUUCAAGCUUGCUCUCAGGCCAUAGCAGCAGUUGGUCCGAGGCCCAUAGCAGCUUUCCUUGUCUGCUUUAAUAUAGGAUUAUCAACACUCCAUUGUGUGGCAUCAGUGGGACCCUGCUCACUUGAAAAACAAAAUUAUCAAUAUUUGACUGUUACUUCAAGUUUAUAUGCCUUUUGUCUCUUGGUUUUUUUUUCUUAGUCUUGUGGAACAUCUGGUUGUUUCUGAUCAAAGCAGGUGUAGGAGAUGUGAAACCAGGGAAGAGCCAUUGAAGUUGGAUGCAUUUGGGAAACUAUAGCGGGAUGGGGCUGGAUAGGUCAAAUGGGAGAAAGGAGCUUAGUAGAACAAAAAUGGAAAACCAAUAAAUGAUUUUAAUAACA